CCAUGAAAAUGUUCAACGCUUUGUUGACAGGCCUUUACGGCAGCUUUCUGGCACAUGCGUAUCCCGUUGAUCACCCUGCCAAGUUCUCGAGACUUGUCGUUUUUGGUGAUAGUUUCAGCGAUAACGGGAAUGGGUCUUGGGUCGUGAGCAAUGGGACUUGGCCUGUUGAUCCAGCGUACUAUCGCCAUUCUUUCUCUAAUGGGCCGAAAUGGAAUGAUGUAGUGGCCGAGAAGUUGGGUCUUGAGCUCAUCAACCUCGCGACUGGUGGAGCUACCACCAACAAUGAUUUCGUCGCUGGAGGUACAGGUGCUGAGUCGACAAUUCCUGUACCUUCAGCUGCGGAUCAAGUUCUGUCGUUUCUAUCGUGGGAUCAACCUCAGGCUGGUGAUAUCUUUGUUCACUGGAUUGGUGCCAAUGACAUUCUUUUCAACACUAGUAUUACCGGAGCACAAGUCACGAGCUUGAUCAACGAAAACGUUAACAGACUAUUUCAAGCCGGUGCAAAGACUAUUAUCCUCGCGAAUUAUCUCAACGCAACAACCUUUCCAGCAACGUUCAACUCUUCAGCCUACAACGUACCCAGCGUGCAAGAAUAUGUUCCGGCCUUGACAAAGGGUCUCGAGCAAAUCGCAGCAGGAUACUCAGCAUACGCCAAGACCGCAGUGGUCGACGUGCAGGAUCUAUUCAACGACAUGUUUUCGGAUCCCGAGGCGUACGGGUUCGAUGAGGACUAUGUUAAUCCUCCGACUGCAUGUCUCACGGGGGUUUAUACGAGCGAGGGUGUUCCACGACAUUUAUGCAGUGAUCCCGAGAAGCAUAUCUUUUUCGACUCGUAUCACCCCGUUAAAGAGGUCCAUGCUUUAGUAGCAAAGUUGUUCGUAAAGAGUAUUGAAGGGUUCUCGGCUUGAUCUUGUCGGUCAGGCCUUGGGCAUCAGAUCCGGAGCGUCGCGAGGUCUCGCAGACUUACUUGUCAAGUAUCAGCACACAUUCUCAUUAACAAGUCUUGGUCACUUACAAGCCGAGAAGUCGUACCUCGGGGAGAUACCGAUCGUUCGGGAUGCCCCUUGGCGUUCCAGUCAACCUUCUUGAAGACAGGCUUGGGGCUAUUGGUCUCGUCACGAGUUGUUGUGCCCAGGGGAGACUCCUUUCGGUUCAGGCUUUCUCCGGUCCCCCCGCCGUCCCAGUUGACCUGUUUGAAGUUGGGUGAUGCGGUGUGGUCGUCCCUGGGCCUAUUUCUAUGCGGGAUAACAUGGCUU